AUGAAAUUUAGAUAAAAAGCAUAAUGCACCUAAUCUCUGCCUAAGAUUCCUGCAUAGAAAUAUUGUCAUUACUUAACUCAAAAAGAAGAUGAAGAGGAGUUAGAUUUCAGUUAUGAAAUAAGUCCUGUUAAUUUGCCAACAACAAAAUCGGAUUUUUAUAAAUUACAAAAAACCACUGAGAGAAUGUAAGAGUAGAACAAAAUCUUUAAUCGAAAUGAUAAUAUGAUGACCACUUUGUCAUCUUCUCAGUUGCAACCAGGAAGUUUCGGAUUAUUUAAUCGGCAGAAGAAUGAUGCUCUACAUUUAAACCAUAUGAAGUAUGGAGACAAGUAUAUGAUAAUGUUAGCCAGAGGGUUAUAGAAAUAAAACAAUAUAAAGGAAUACAAUUUAAACGAUAAUCGGAUGACUCAGCUGAGUUCAUCGGAGGUUAUAAAGAGUACUCGUGGAGCUAUAUCGUUGAGUUUGUCAAAGAAUAAGAUUGGUACUGGAUGUUUGGAGAUUGGUAAUUCAUUGGUUAGUAGAGAUUGCAAAAUAUAAUUAUUGAACUUGGAAGACAACAAAUUACAAGAAAGUCAUGUCAUUGAAAUAUUAGAUAGAAUUGCAUACAAUCGAUCCUUAAAAAGUGUCAAUUUGAGCAAGAAUAAUAUAUCAAAUAAUUGUGUGAAUGCUCUCUCAAAUAUGUUAAUAACCAAUGAAGAUAUUGCUGAGUUGUAUCUUCAUUUCAAUAAACUGAAUGGUUUUGCAGCUGUUUCUAUAUUCAACAAUAUGCAAAAGUCUAAUCUAAAAGUGUUGGAUUUAUCGUAGAAUUCUCUAGGAAUAGGCUAUGAUUGGUCUCAAAGUUUCAACAAGAUGGUUUAAUUGAAUAAGGAACUCAUACACUUUGAUCUAUCCUUUAACAAAAUAGAUUACAAAAUUACUUCUUAAAUUGCUGAGGGAUUAAAAAAGAAUAAGAGUAUACUCGGAUUUCACUACACCGGAAAUUGUGGAUAUGUUGAUCCUAAAGGUUUUUUGGUGCCUAUUGAAAAGGGUAUUGUAGAGCAAACUUAACAUUAAAUUGCUUAAAGGAUACAAGGAUGUCAAUACAUAAAAUAAAAAAGAUUAAGAUCCUAUAGAGACUCUAAUAUAAAAGAUUGCUGCUGGAUUUGUGAGGGAUGGAGACAAGUAGAAUUUUCAUGGAAUCCACAAGCAUCUGGGCCUGCAAAUGAUCCCAUGUUCUUGCAUUUAUCUUAUUUAAAUUAUGAUGAUUUAUACAUGGGUAAGGUUGAGUCUGGUUUAAGAGUCUAAAGAAUGGUACCUCCAGGGAUGUGUUAUUAUUUCUUUACAAAUGACAAUAUGCAAUGUGUAGCUAAGGAUUAACUCCAUAAGAGAUGGCCUCUGCCUUUGAACAAAGUCAAAUUUUAAGAUAAGGAAAUUGAUGUGAAGUUGCACCAAUUAAAUUAUAUGAAUGUUGCAGGAACACAAAUCAUAGAUAAAUAUUAUAUGCCCAUUAUAAAUGUUCAACCAAGAUAGGAAGAUCUACUUUACAUACCUGAGAGAGUGGAUAAUCGUGUACUAUGGACAUUUCCAAUAUCAUUGUUUAAGGAUUGGAAGAAAGACAACGAAGAAUUGAUUGAGAAGUGUUUUAUCAGUGAUUGGAACCAAAGUAGGAUUACAAAGUUAAUAAAGGAUGAGAAUGACAAGAAUGCAUGUUAUAGUUUUUUACUGGCCAAUUACUAAUAGAUCAAAGAUACUUAUAAGUAAAAGAUAUCUGAAAUUUAGACACUAUGCUUGUUUGUCACCAGUUGGAGACAUUUGGGCCAUCUCAUCAUUAAUAAAUCUAUAAUUAAAGGUACUAUUAAAUAAUAGGAUAUGGAAUUGAAGUAUUUGGCUACAAUUUCAGGAACGGAGAAAGGUAACUAUAGGAAGCCAGAGAGAGGGAUGGUGAGGUUUUAAUUCUUAGAGAUGUUUGUGAGAAUAGCAGAGGAUAAGUAUAUAAAGAAUGGAGUAGCAAAAUCAUUUGAAGAAGCUCUGAAAUGGAUGUGGAAUGAUCAAUUAAAGGAUGAGUUCAAUAAAUACAAUACUCAAGUUUUUAGGGAUACUAGGUUUUGGAAUGAACAAUGUGAUCUUUGUAUGAAACACUAUAAGACUAUUCUCGAUAGCAUUUAUAUUCGAUAUAGUGUGAAGAAAGUGAAACCUGGCCAAAAGCCAUUCAUGAGUUUGUAGGAACUGUAAGAAAUGUGUGCUCACAUUGGAUUAAAUUAAAUUGAAACAUUUGGACCUAAUAUUCCAUUAUUUGCUUUCAAUAAAGCCAUGAUGAGUUAGAUUGAUGAACUUAAUUCAGAUAGAAUAUUUUAAAUGAGCUUCGUUGAGUUUUUAGAGGCUUUUGCAAGGAUAGCUGAAGAUAUUGAUAUACGAUAGAUUGGGUUGCAUUUAAAAAUAGAGUAAUUGAUUUGGAAAUGUUAUAUUUUGUUUUCAGAUCUAUAUGCUUUACCAACGUAGAGUUAUUUCUAAGAAGAGUGGGAUUAGAUCAACAAACAAUAGAAUAAGUAAAUAGUAGAUGAUGACAUUGAUGACUUUAAUUGA